UAGACACACACUUUAAUUAGGUUUCUCUUCUUUCAUCCAUAAAUCCCACUGAUUACGAAAAAUAGAAAGAAAAAAAAAAAAAAACUGUUUAAACCGUCGCCGUUGGAUUUCUCUCCGCUCCAUCUCCGCCCUCUCCAAUCUUCUUCUGCUCACUUGAAAAUUUGCUUCGAUGGUUGGUUGUGGUGGCCGUCGAUUAAUCUCGAGUGCUCGAUCUGAUGCUCAAGUGUCGAUCCGAUUGCCUCGAUUUACGAGCCGCUACAGCUUGAAUCCUGGUCGACUUCAUCGUGCUGGGUCUAGAUAUCGCCGCUUUUACUUUUUUUAAAGAAACGUUUCUUCUGUGGUUCCUAUGAUAUAUCCUUCUUUGUUUUUUCUUAAUCCAUGGCGAGCGAGGUAGCUUUAGCGGUUUUGGUAUAGUUUGAUGAGUUAAGUUUCGUAUUUUUGAGCUUUUUUUUUUUGUUUAUUAAAUUAGUAGAGAAGCUUCAAAUCCGUGAAACAGAUUUGUAGGAAGCUGAGAUUUUGAAAGUUUUGAUCGAUCAGUUUCGAUAAGAGUAGCUUGAAUUCUGUAAAUUUAUAGUCAACUAUUUUGUUUGCUUUCUUUUACUUGUUGAGUGAUGGAAGAGGAGAAUCAGAGCAAUAAAAGCAGCAGAAUAAGUUGCAGUAGCGGCAUGUCCGACGUAGUUUUGGGUUGCGUGAUGCCGUAUAUCCAUGACCCACGGGACCGCGACGCCGUUUCACUCGUUUGCCGCCGCUGGUAUGAGCUUGAUGCCCUGACACGAAAGCAUAUAACCAUAGCUUUAUGCUAUACGACGAGCCCAGAUCGGCUUCGACGUCGCUUCAAGCACCUCGAAUCCUUGAAACUGAAAGGGAAGCCCAGGGCUGCUAUGUUUAACUUGAUACCAGAGGACUGGGGAGGGUUCGUCACUCCCUGGGUUAAUGAAAUUGCCGAAUCGUUUAAUUGCUUGAAAUCACUUCACUUUAGACGCAUGAUUGUGAAGGAUUCGGAUCUGGAGCUUCUCGCUAAGUCUCGCGGCCGGGUACUACAGGUCUUGAAGAUUGAGAAGUGUUCUGGGUUCUCUACUGAUGGACUUUUACACGUGGGUCGCCUCUGCAGGCAAUUGAGAACAUUAUUUUUGGAAGAGAGCUCAAUUCUUGAGAAAGAUGGUGACUGGCUGCACGAGAUUGCCUUGAAUAAUACUGUUCUUGAGACUUUAAAUUUUUACAUGACAGACCUCAACACAGUCAGAUUUGAAGACCUUGAGCUCAUAGCCAAAAACUGCCGCAAUUUAGUCUCUGUCAAGAUUAGUGAUUGUGAAAUUUUGGAUCUUGUUGGUUUCUUUAAUGCUGCAGUUGCUCUAGAAGAAUUUUGUGGGGGUUCCUUCAAUGAUGUACCAGACAGGUACUCUGCUGUGUCAUUCCCCCGAAAAUUGUGUCGUUUGGGUCUAACCUAUAUGGGGAAAAAUGAAAUGCCAAUAGUGUUCCCUUUUGCAUCCCUGCUCAAAAAGUUGGAUCUCCUCUAUGCAUUGCUUGAUACAGAGGACCAUUGUCUUCUAAUUCAAAAAUGCUGCAACUUAGAAGUUCUUGAGACGAGAAAUGUUAUUGGAGAUCGAGGUUUGGAAGUUCUUGCUUCAAGUUGUAAGCGACUAAAGAGGCUUAGGAUUGAGCGCGGUGCUGAUGAGCAGGGAAUGGAGGAUGAAGAAGGUGUAGUUUCACAGAGAGGAUUAAUUGCUUUGGCUCAGGGCUGUCUAGAACUGGAAUACAUGGCUGUUUAUGUCUCAGACAUCACAAAUGCUGCUCUAGAACAUAUUGGCACUCACUUGAGGAAAUUGAAUGAUUUUCGACUGGUCUUACUCGACCGAGAAGAGAGGAUAACAGACCUACCACUUGACAGAGGAGUUCAAUCUCUAUUGAUGCAACGAAAACUCAGAAGGUUUGCUCUGUAUCUUCGACCAGGGGGAUUGACUGAUGAGGGUCUUGGUUAUAUUGGGCAGCACAGUAAAAAUGUGAGAUGGAUGCUUUUGGGUUAUGUUGGGGAGUCUGAUGAAGGGCUUUUGGCAUUUUCUAAAGGGUGUCCUAGUCUUCAAAAACUAGAAAUGAGGGGCUGUUGCUUCACUGAGGGUGCACUGGCCAAAGCUGUGAUGCAACUGACUUCAUUGAGGUAUUUGUGGGUGCAAGGUUAUAGAGCAUCAUCUACUCGGGGUCGCGAUCUUCUAGCAAUGGCUCGCCCCUUUUGGAACAUUGAGUUGAUUCCUCCUAGAAAGGUUGUGAUGGUUAAUCAGGUCGGAGAGGAUGUUGUGGUUGAGCAGCCAGCCCAUAUACUUGCAUAUUACUCCCUAGCUGGACCAAGAACAGAUUUUCCAAACACUGUUGUCCCCUUGGAUAGUUGCCGCAUAGAGAGCUGUAAAUGAUGAUGCGUCUCUCUUUCUUUUCCCAGUGAUGCACGGUUUGUAAAUUUAUCAUCUUUUUCCUUUUCCAUUUGGGUAAGAGGGUUUCAGUUCUAAAGAGGGUUUCAGUUCUAAUUAUAUUUCUGGACAUUUGUCCUGUAAUAAGCUUGCAUUUUCUCUGUAAUUUGAAACCAUUUGAAACUCUUGGUGCGUUGCGUUAUUGUUCUCUUGUUAAUAGGGCCAAUUAGCAGAAGAUUUAAUGGUUUGGAGGUUUGUACUUUUGUCUUCGCGAUUCAAUGUUGUUGGAAAUUGUUGUUACCAUGAUCUGAAACUUGGAAUGCAAUGCCUCCGAGUUUAAUUCA